CGGGAACGACCUACAUGCAACAAGGAUUGCUUCAUCAAAUGUUUUUCAGGCAGGCAAAGGCGACCCCAGAAAAGGUUGCUGUUGUUGAAGAAAGCGGUAAAGAAAUAAAAUUCAGAAAUCUGGAUGAAAAUUCUGACGCACUUGGAAAGCAUUUAGUUUACAAUGGCGUAACCCCCAAUGCGUGUGUGGGAAUUUAUUUGGAUAAAAACAUUGAAUAUACAACUGCAUAUAUUGCUAUUUUAAGGGCGGGCGCUGCUUAUCUGCCCCUGGAUGUUGCAUACCCACAGUCUAUGUUAAAAUCAGUACUAGAAGAUGCCAAACCAAAGGCUGUUAUAACUGUCAAAGAUUUAGCGCACAAUUUAGCUGGAUAUGACAAUAUUAUCGUACUGGAAGAAGAAUGGGAGAAAAAUAUUGUGACAGGGGAGGCAACUCUUCCUACAGAAUUGACUCUAGACAAUUUGGCUUAUAUUGUUUACUCAUCUGGAACCACAGGAAAACCAAAAGGAGUGAUAUGUCCACACAGAGGAGCAGUAUUUUCAUACCACUGGAGACAUGAAGCUUAUCCUUUUCAAGAAGGAGAAAGAGUGGCCUGUAACAUAUUUUUCUCAUGGGAAAUGCUCAGACCAUUACUAAAAGGAGUAACCAUGUACAUCAUAUCUAACACAACAAUCUAUGAUCCACCUCUAUUGAGUCAGUACAUACAGAACAAUAAGAUCACACAAAUCCUGUUCACACCAUCACUAUUAGAAGCUGUACUCAAUACUCCAGGACUGGACCUUCAACAACUCAAAAGUUUGAGGCAAAUUUGGUUUUGUGGUGAAGUUGUGACUACAGCCUUAUUUGAGAGAUGUUUGAAGUUGUUACCAUGGAUACAGUUUUUAAAUCUCUACAGUAUAUCAGAAUGCCAUGAUGCUGCUUGUGAAGAUUUGAACUUGUAUUUCAAAGAAAAUAUGGAUGCUCUCAAGACGAGAAAGUUUUGUCCAGUGGGUAAUAUUUUACCUGGUGUUAACCUGGUCAUCAUGGACAAAGACCAGAAAGUACAACCUGUGGGAGCUUCAGGGGAGAUUUUUGUUGGAGGACCAACUUUAGCCCAUGGGUAUCUCAACAGACCAGAGGUCCAAGCUUUGAGAUUUAUACCCUUGCCAAAAGGAGUUCAGACAACCCAUGGGGACAGACUUUACAGGACUGGAGACUGGGGAUACAUGUUAUCUGAUGGAAGAUUAGAGAUUUGUGGUAGAUGUGAUUCAAUGGUGAAAAUAAGGGGUUAUUCCAUAGAAGUUCAGGCAGUGGAGAGUGCCUUGAUGGAGCUACCUAUGGUUAAUGCCUGUGUAGUAUUAGUGGAGGGACAGGAAGGAGAAGACAAGUUCCUAGUGUCAUACAUUGUACCAGAGGGGCAGACAACCAAGAAAGAUAUAAGAGCUAUACUGAAACUGAGGCUACCAUUCUACAUGAUUCCAUCCUACUUUGUAUUCCUUCAGAGCAUUCCAAUGGUGGAAACAACAGGAAAACUUGACAAGAAGGCUUUACCAAGCUUUGACAAAGAACAUGAAUCAGAUUCUGAUACCAUUGCUGCUCCCAAGACUGACACAGAAAAAGAGGUUGCUGUCGUUUGGUGCAAAGUCCUUAAGAUACAAGAUAUAGAUAUACAGGAUAGCUUCUUUGAUUUAGGAGGACACUCCUUGCUAGCUACAGAGCUGAUGAUGAACUUAAGACAGAUGUUUGAUGUAGAUUUAAAUGUUCGUGACUUGUUCACAUAUCCAACUAUUACAACGCUCAGUCAGUUCAUAGAGGCCAAGAAAAAUAAAAGAACGGAAGAACUCCAUACAAUACCUAAAGUGUCAAUAAACCUCCAAACAGAAGUCAACAGGCAUGAUCCAAGGGGGAUAAUCAACAUUGAUAUGCAGCUAAGAGCUUUUUGGAGAACAUUUAAUCUAAGUAACGAGAGAAGAUUUAAGAUUGGGAGAGUCUUACUGACAGGUGCCACAGGAUUUCUUGGAGCUUUCUUACUGAGAGAAAUAUUACUACAGACAAAGUGUAUGAUAAAAUGCUUGGUGAGGGAACUACCUGACACUACACCAAAUGAAAGACUUGAGAAGUCAUUACAGCAGUUUGGAGUAUUGCCAUCUAAUGGCAAACCUUCAGAACAACAAACUUUGAUACAGUCCAUGUAUGCCAAAAGAGUGGAGAUUAUUAAAGGAGAUGUAGCCCUGAUAAACAUGGGUAUGAACGAGGAUGACUACACCUAUUUAUGCACAGAUAUAGACUUCAUCAUACAUGCAGCAGCUUAUGUCAACCUAGUCUAUCCUUAUGAGGCUUUUACUGGACCAAAUGUGACAGGAACAAGAAAUGUUGUAAUGUUCUCCUGUACUGGUAAAAUAAAACCCAUACAUUAUAUCAGCACUGAUGCUGUGUUUCCAAAUGGAAUGAAGAAUUGUUCAGAAGAUGACAACAUUGAGGAUAACCAUACAGAGCUAAAUGAUGGAUACUCUCAAUCUAAAUGGGUGGCUGAACAGUUGAUCAGUCGAGCGGGACAGAAAGGACUUCCUGUAGUUAUUUAUAGAUUAGGUAAUAUGUCAGGUGACAGGAAGCAGGCAUUCUGGAAUCCUCAGGAUUUUACUCUAUUAGUGCUCCAAGCAUGUUCCAAAUAUGGCUUUGCUCCAGAUGUUGACUGGGACAUGGAGAUGACCCCUGUGGACUUUGCUGCUGAGUUCAUUGUACGCUGUACAUAUAACCUAUCUACCAUUUUAGGGAAGACCUACCACAUUAUCAAUGACCAACCUUUACAUUCAAGAUGGGUGUUUGAAUGGAUGAAUGCACAUGGAUAUCCUAUAAAGAUUGUACCUUUCAGUGAAUGGAAAACCAGAAUUUUAGAGGAGUCACAGAAAAAUGGAAGUAAUGGAUCCUUCGCGGCCAAUAUACAGAGACUGUUAGAGUCCUAUCUAACAAGUCCUGAUUUCUUUUCCAAUUUGAGUACCUACAAGACAGACAAUUUAAAACAGACAUUAGAACUGUUCAAUAUGUCCUAUCCUUACACUGAUAGUCACAUGUUGAAGACAUACUUCAAGGAAUUAUCUCAACGUAAAGUCAUUCUUCCUGUAAAACGACAAACAUCAUAUUUGGAGAACAGAAAAUUAGAAGGAAAGAUUGCCAUUGUAACUGGAGCUUCCAGUGGUAUUGGUCGAGCCAUUGCUGUAGUGCUAUGUCAGGCUGGAGCCAAAGUAGCAUUAGCGGCAAGAAGGAUGGAGAGAUUAGAGGAGAUAAAUAGAGAGAUAACUGAUCAGGAAGGCAUCUGUAUAUGUGUCAAAACUGAUGUCACAAAGAGGGAAGAUGUCAAAGAACUAGUGAAGCAUACAGAAUCAGUAUUUGGUCCUGUAGAUAUCCUUGUUAACAAUGCUGGUGUAAUGUACUAUACGAUGAUGAAGAAUUUACAUGAAGAUGAAUGGGAGAGACAGAUUGACCUUAAUUGUAAAGGAUUGACCAAUUGUAUUGGAGCUGUACUUGAUGGAAUGUUAAAACGAGGCUCUGGACAUAUAGUGAACAUGUCUUCUGAUGCAGGGAGAAAGGGUUUCCCAGGACUAGCAGUAUAUUCUGGUACCAAGUUUUAUGUGGAGGGAUUAUCUCAGGCUCUCAGACAGGAAGUAUGUGGGUCUGGUGUCAGGGUAACAUGUAUACAGCCAGGAGAUGUUAAAACAGAAUUAAUCUCUCACUCUACAGAUAAAGAGGCACAAGAAAAAUAUGAUGGGAGUUCAUCCUGUAAAAUCCUGGAACCAACAGACAUUGCCAAUGCAGUAUUAUAUGCAGUGACACAACCAGAAUAUGUAGGUGUAAAUGAAAUAUUGGUGGAACCUAGAGAGGCACCUGCUUGAUAAACAAUCAAGUAUUUAAGGACAAUUGUGCAUUAUUCCAACUUUGGAAAACUCAGGAAAAGCAUUAAAUUAAAAAUUUGUGUCAAAAAAGUAACUUUGAAAUGGUUGAAUUAUUUGUAUUCAUUUGACAAGAUAAGGUGAAUUCAGGUGAAUGUGUUUGAAUUUUAACAAUAUGACCUGUGUUAGAUAGAGAGGCAAUUGAAUAUCAAUACAUCUGUUAACUUAUUUUGGGUUGGAAAAAAUCUCUAUACAAAGUCUGUAACUGUUUGAAAAUUGAGUUGAUAUAAGAACCUUAAGGAACAGACCAUAAUUCAUCUUUUAUUUCAUAUUUAAAU